AUGGACUAUAGUGAUAAAUUCACAACUUAUUCGGCUCGUGAACAAGGAAAAUUGAAUAAUAUUGUCAAUGUAAUUAAAAGGUCUGAUUAUGGAGGUGAGGGCAAGAGGAGACCUCGUGUAAUACUUGCUUGUGAGAGGAACGGUAACUAUAAGUCUUGCAAGUCUAGUGAGACAAUUGAUAUAAGGUCGGAUGCAAAUAGUGAUAUGAAAAAAUGUGCUAGGGACAUUGGUACCAAGAAAUGUGGAUGCCCAUUCUUGUUAAAAGGUGUCAAUAUUGGUGAUGAGGAUGAUUGGAAGUUGGAGGUGGUUUGUGGAGUACACAACCAUCCUAUUUCAGAGUAUCUUCAAGGUCAUUCAUUUGUGGGGCGACUUACUGAAGAGGAGAAUGCCUUGUUGGUGGACAUGUCUAAGAGUUUGGUGAAACCCAAAGAUAUUUUGGUCACCAUUAAAGAUAGAGAUGCAAUGAAUGUUUCAACUAUGAAGACAACAUACAACGCUAGGAUCCGAAAUAGAACCAAAGAAUUUGUUGGGAGAACCCAAAUGCAACAAUUGCUUACUAAGUUAUCCUAA